AUGUGCCUAGCAACGACUGGCAACCUUGCCAACGGUUCUGGGCAAUCUAUGGCCGAUCAUAAGUUCAUAAGUGAAACGGCUUUGUCACAUGCUAUUAGUUUUGCGUGUACAACAACCGAAGGCAGCAGAAUGGCGAAAUAUGCGACAUGGAUCGUCGCAACUUUUACGUUCUAUUUCGUGUUUUUCGUCCUCACUAUUCCUCCAUGGGGAUCAAGUGUGCUCUGCGCUAUUGAUUUGCAACCGCAUGUAAGAACGGAAAUCUUCACAGGAUUUGUAUACUUAACUCAGACAGUGUCUAAUUAUUUGGUUGGGGUCGGAAAUGUGGUAACUUACUGCACAUUGUUGAUAGUACUUUCUGUGAGAGGAAAACUCUCGUUUGGCAAAGGUUACGGUAUACGAAUAACAAUGCAGGCUGCAUUGGUAUCAGUGCUGGAAUUUUUAUUCUUUGUAUAUUGGGAGCAUUUUUCUUUGGAGACUACCAGCGAAUGGAAAAUCAUUGCCGACCACCACUCAACGAUACUUUAUUACGAUGUGCUCCUAUUACCCUACCUUCUAUUCAACAGGUAA